AUGGCCUCCUAUCCCACAGCAGAGGACGAGAAGCGGCUGCUUGCCCACGCCGCCGAGACGACGACGACCACCAUCGCCGCCGAUAGCCGGAAGUCCAAAUGUUCGCAUGCCUGCAGACGCCGUGUGGCCAAGGCCAAGAAGGUCGUCCACUUCACCGUGACCCUCGCCUUCGUCGUGGCCUGUUGCAUCGCCGUCUUCGGCCUCGGCUCCCUCGCUAUCGGCACUAUUCGUUACGCCCGCCCCUGCAGCAAGCACAGCGGUGCCCACAACGUUGGCGGUGCUGACCGGAACGGCGCUGCGGUUGUUGUCGCCGACGGCGCCGCCCCUACCGGCAGCAGCUUCUCCCGCCUGCUCGAGGCCGUCUCUCCCGAGGCCCUACACGACCUGCUGCACGAGUACCUGCCGAACACCUACAAGCAUGGCGUCUACCCCUCGGAAAAGCACGCCCUUGAGGCUGUCCACCGUCAGAACGCCGCCCUGGCAACAUCCAUUGUCCAGCUGGCCCGGCGCGACCUGAACAGCUCGACGUCCAGCACCUCACCCAUCUCCUCCACGCCCUCCUCGACCUCGACCAGGAGCGGCAGUACGACGUCCCUGCCGUCGUCGACGUCCAUGAACUCACCCACAUCGGCCUCGUCGACGUCCUCGCACACCACGUCCAAGUCGAGCUCGUCGGGUACGACCACCACCGGCCGGAGGGUCACAAACGUCUUUACGUCGACCAUCAACGGCACGCCCACCGUCGUGACAGCCACAUCCGUUGUCGGUGCCGGACCCACCAACUCUGCCGGCUCUCCCACGAACUCGGGCACCCUGCAAACGGGUGCCGCCGCGCCCAUGGGGGCCGGUAACAAAGCCCGCUUCGCUGAGGCUGUCGCCGGUGUCCUUGUCGGUGCCAUGCUAAUCUAA